UUCUUAAAAAAUUCAAAAUGGCUGACGAAGGUACAAAAUAUGUCAAUGGGUCUACAGCUGAUAAUAAUGUUAGUCCACAGAAACGUAAAGCUGAGGUUCUGGAGAACACAGAUGCCCCAAACAAAAAAGCCACCAAAGUUGCACCAGCAGUGCUUGGCAGUGGAAAGAUUUCAAUGACACUGGGAAAGAAACCAGGAAUAAAUAUGAACAUUGGAGGGACGAAAAAAUUAGGAGCUGCUCCAAUCAAGAUGUCAUUAGCCACACAGCCUACCAAGGAGGCAUUACCAGUGGUGGAAAAAGCUAAACAUGUAGCAUCUGUGUUCAAUGAAGAGAGUGAGAGUGAUGAAGAAGAGAUGCCAAUGGAGGCAAAGAUGAGGAUGAGAAAUGUGGGAAGAGAAACCAAAACUGCUGCUGGACCAAAUUCAUUUGGAAAGGGAAAUUUAGGUUUUUGUGACAGAACUAGAAUGAUAGAGAGAGAGUUGAAAAAACAAAUGGAAGAAUUAGGGGAGCAAGCCGAUUCUAAAGGAUAGUGAAAACACGAUCGUCUAUAGAGAUUGGUUUUAACAGCAGAGCUAUUUUUGUGUACAGCGAUCAAAUCUCGUUAUUGCUUAUUCUAAGGGAUAUACAAGUGUUCACUGUUUAGUAGUUAAUUGAUUCUCUUGGAGAUAAUUCAAGUUUAAGGAGGUCAAUGAUCACAUAGGUUAUUUAUUUACUCUUUAGCUGGUUAAGUUACGAUGUGGAAAUACUGGCGAAUUUCGCAAAUUGACGAAAAAAAUCGCAAAACUUUCCUCAAUCGUAAAUAUCAACCAACCUGUCAUUAAAUUCUACCCUUGCAAGAUUCGCUAAUAUUUUUUCUUUCUGGAAUAUCUGGAAUUUAUUUUAAAUUCGCUAAGUUUUCGGUACGCAUAAAUAUUGAUUUAUACAGUAUACAUUGAAAUGUAACAGAUUUUGUUAUUGUGACACCAAAAUUUAGAAUUAUUAGUUACAUGUAUUUUCACUGAGACAGUUUCAGCACAGAAGUAGUUUGCAUGUUAAGCAAUGAGUUAUGUUAAGUCUUUGCCAAAAUUGAAUUCACUAGAAUUGUUAAGCUUUAGAUUUUAAUUGUGACAUUAAUAGUUUUGAAGGAUGGCUCAAAGCUUGUGUUCAAAGAUGAGGUGACAGUAUUUAUUUAGUGAACUACUGCUGUAUGUAAAAUAGUGAUAAAACAAACAUAAAAUCCUUAGCCUGCUGACUGGCUACAGAAUCUAUCCCUGUGACUAGUGCAGACCAAGAUCAGCCAGCACAUUCCUGACAUCUGAUCAUGGUGAGCACUAUUCAGUCAGUACUUAUUCUGAAAUUUCCCUAAAAAAAGAUUUUUGGGUCAAUUUUCAAAAAUAUAAUAAUUAUUCUGGAAAUAAUGCAGUGAGCAAAUGACCUGAAAUUUUGCAUAUAAGUUAUUGUUCUAGACCUACAUCAAAUGGAACAUUAUUCUUGAAAAAUUCUUUCCAUUCCUGACACGUAAAAAAAACACUGUCAUUGGAAUCGUUUUAAGAAAAGUAAAUAUUCUUAGGUUCCGAGUGUUUAAAUUUUCUCUGUCUAUAUGACUCUUAAUGCAUUUUUUGCAAAAAUACUAAUGAAUAAUUCUUUUUUCAUCAUUAUAUUUCUACUCUAUACAAGCAAUAUGAAGGCUAUGUUGGCAUAUUUAAACUUUUAAUAAUUUUGUCGGAAAGUUUGUUGUUGACCAGCCUCAUUCAAUUCACACAAUAUUUACUGAUUGAAACUAUUAAUUGAAUUUUAAUCAAAACAUUGAAAUAAAUCCCGAAACGGUUGCUUUAAAGAAAUAGGAUUGAAAAUAUAUGUAUUUUACUGGAAAGAAUUUUUUUCCUUUGAAAAAGAAAUUUCUGAUUAACAGAACUAUUUAAGUUGGUGUGUACACACCUGUCAUUGUUAAUGAACUUGGGUUUAUUUUGCAAUUGGAAGCAUUUUUUAUAUGAGCCAUAUUGGCUUGAUGUUAAUUUAUGUAUUUUAUUUUACUUGUGUUUUUGUAGAUCAAAUAAAUAAGUGAAAUAU